AUGGCUGACCAGUUUUUGGGCUUCGACCUGAGCACCCAGCAGCUCAAAGGAAUUAUCGUCGGCUCUGACCUCAAACUUGUUCACGAGGCCAAGGUCGACUUUGACGCAGACCUUUCCAAGUACGGCAUUGAAAAGGGUGUCCUCACAAAUCCAGAUGAGGGCGAGGUAUUUGCACCAGUUGCUCUUUGGCUUGAAGCCAUCGAGCUGGUGCUGCAGCGCUUGAAGGAACAGGGCGCAGACUUCUCAAAGAUCCAGGGUAUCUCUGGCGCCGGCAUGCAGCACGGCACUGUCUUUUGGAACCACAAUGCAGAGACCCUGCUGAGCAGUCUUGAUUCUGGAAAGACAUUAAUUGAGCAGUUGGAGGGUGGUGCCAAAGGAGAGAGGAAGGGUGCUUUCAGCCAUCCAUUCAGCCCCAACUGGCAGGAUGCGAGCACACAAAAGCAGUGCGAGGCCUUUGACAAGACUCUAGGAGACCCAAGAAACCUGGCUUUGGCUACUGGAAGCAGUGCUCACCACCGCUUCAGUGGCCCUCAGAUCUUCCGAUUCAGGGAAAAAUACCCCCAGGCUUACAAGGAGACCGCUCGCAUCUCUCUCGUAUCCUCGUUCCUCGCAUCCAUCUUCUUGGGCAAGGUGGCCCCGAUGGAUAUCUCGGAUGUGACGGGUGCGAACCUGUGGGACAUUAAGAAUGGACGCUGGCAUGAGGACUUGGUCGCACUCGCAGCUGGAGGAAGCGGAGGCCUCGACGAACUCAAGCAGAAAUUGGGCAAGGUUUAUGAAGAUGGUGGUUCCAGCUUUGGUACCAUCUCACCAUACUUUAGCAAGCGCUUCGGGUUCCCAUCAUCAGCGCAAGUCAUUGCUUUCACAGGCGAUAACCCGUCGACAAUCCUCGCUCUCCCUCUCCGUGCUUCAGACGCCAUUGUAUCGCUCGGCACAUCGACAACCUUCCUCAUGUCUACGCCGCAGUACAGACCCGACCCUGCGUACCAUUUCAUGAACCACCCCACGACUGCUGGACUGUACAUGUUCAUGUUGUGCUACAAGAACGGUGGUCUGGCUCGUGAGCAUAUCCGCGACGCAAUCAACAAGGCCGCUGGCGUGUCAGACAAGUCCUGGGAUAAGUUCAACGAGACAGCUCUUACCACACCCGCUCUAGGUCAGGCACAGCCUUCGGACCCUAUGCGCCUAGGUCUCUUCUUCCCUCGGCCUGAAAUUGUACCAAACGUAAAGGCGGGCACAUGGCGCUUCCUUGCCAAGGACAACCAGCUAUCGCCAGUAGCCCCAGAAGCCGCUCAAGGCAAAACAGAAGACAAGACUUGGCCAAUUCCCCAGGCUGAUGCCCGCGCAAUCCUCGAGUCACAAUUCUUGUCGCUCCGCCUCCGUUCGCAAUCGCUUGUUUCCCCGCAAGGUAACCUCCCUGCACAACCCCGCCGCAUCUACAUGGUCGGCGGCGGCGCCGUGAACCCCGCCAUCGCCGAACUCGCCGGUCAGGUCCUCGGCGGCUCCGAUGGUGUCUACAAGCUCGAGAUUGGAGGCAAUGCCUGCGCCCUCGGUGCCGCCUACAAAGCUGCGUGGGGUGUGCAGCGAUCAUCGCCGACGGAGAAGUUUGAAGACUUCCUAGAGGCGAGGUGGAACGAGGAGGGUUUCGUCAAGAAGAUCUGCGAGGGCUACAGGAAGGGCGUGUUUGAACAAUAUGGCGAAGCGCUCAAGUCGUUCGAUGAAGUGGAAAAGGUAGCGCUGAGGGAGAAGGGUGAGGCGGAGAAGGUGGAUGCCACAAAGGAGGCCAUGGGCCUACAGGGUAUGGAUGCGAGGUAG